AUGAGCAACUCAAGCAACCAUCGCAGCAACUCAGUUGUAUCAGGUAACAACUCUGAUCUCCUGGCCGUUCUAAGUGUAUAUUUGUCAGCCCCCCUGACCCUAGCCGGAUGUAUCGCCAACGUGAUCAACAUCGCCGUGUUCUGUCGAAUGGACCGACGACAGACAAUUAACAUUAGUCUUCUCUCCAUGGCCGUCUCCGAUCUCCUGGGGUUGUUGGGGACGCUAUGGCGCUGUAUCUGCUUCCUACCGGAGGUGGUCAAGUCACCGAAUUUGUCGUUUCACCCACUUAGCAUGGCUUAUGGUGUUGGGGAUACUGCCCGCUUCAUCUUCGGAAGAAUCACAGCCUGUCUGACUUUGUUGAUAUCCGCUGAAAGAUGUUUAUGUAUUCUGUUACCCUUGAAAGUGAAGACUCUCAUCACUACUGGGAAAAUCAGAGCCAUUAUUAUUGCUAUUUACAUCUUUGUGACGGCUUCUAAUUCUUGGAUAUUCUAUCUUUAUAGAUUUGUGUGGGAACAUUCAGACAAAAGAAACAGAACCUUUCUCACAUUUAAAGCAAUUAAAAACAAGAGUCGCAUUGAGGUGCCUCUGAUAGUGGUGAACAAUUUAUUUCUUCAGUGCGCCCUCUCAGCCGGGAUUAUGGUCUUUACGGCAAUUCUGGUGGUCAAAAUGAAACAACAGUCAAAAUGGCGGCUGUCUUCCAGCAAACAGACGGCGGCGUCGGAAACCUCAGCCAAGCGUGACGACAAGGUCGCCAAGACAGUCACUGUCAUCUCUGUGACUUACCUUCUGUGUUAUUUCCCGAGCACAGUCAACAUCAUGUGUGUGAACCUCGUGCCGGGCUACAAAGCGAAUGGACGUCAUAGCGAGCUGUUUCUUAACAUAUCUACAGUCGUCUACUUACUUGAGAUUCUCAAUUCCUCCGUCAAUAUAUUUUUCUACUGGGAGUUAAGCACCCAGUUUCGCAAAGAAAUGAAGCGUAUGCUCCGAUGUGCUACAACAACAACAACUUGA